AUGGCAACCACCUCGCUUUUGCGCCUGUUGGCGGUGACAUGGUUUGCUCUGAGCGGUCUGGUGCACAGUCAAGAAUGUUUCAACUCGAGUACCGCAAUCAAUGGAAAGGCAUUUCCCCCAUUGAUUGAAGCUACGACGGAGGAUUUGAUCACUGGCUUGGAAUCAGGUCUCUUUACCAGUGUUGACCUCGUGACGGCAUACAUUGAUCGCAUUAUGGAAGUCAAUGGGACAUUACGCAUGGUCACUCAACUCAAUCCUGAUGCUCUGUCCAUAGCUGCUGAACUCGAUGCCAUGAGAGCCAAUGGUACCGUUUUGGGGCCUUUACAUGGAAUACCCAUCCUCAUCAAGAACAACAUUGCCACCGCUGACAAAAUGGACAACACUGCUGGAUCCUAUGCUUUGGCUGGAGCCAAGGUUCCCCGAGAUAGCACAAUGGCGGCAAAACUUCGUCAAGCCGGUGCAGUGAUUUUGGGAAAGACCAAUUUGUCACAAUGGGCAAACUAUCGGAGUUUUAAUACCAGCAACGGGUGGUCUGCCAUUGGAGGUCAGACCCAAGGCGCGUAUUAUCCAGAACAAGAUCCAUCAGGCUCAUCUUCUGGUAGUGCUGUGUCGAGCUCUUUGGGACUUGCACUGGCUACUUUGGGUACCGAAACCGACGGUUCCAUUCUGUCACCCUCAGAUGUCAACAAUCUUGUUGGCAUCAAACCGACCGUAGGUUUGACAUCGAGAUAUCUGGUCAUUCCUAUAUCCGAGCACCAGGACACCAUCGGUCCAAUAGCGCGAACCGUCAAGGACGCAGCAUAUGUCCUUUCGGCCAUUGCCGGAAAGUCUCCCUAUGACAACUAUACGAAUGCAAGUCCAUUCAACUCGACCCCAGAUUAUGUAGCGGCCUGCAACUUUUCCGCCUUGAGUGGAAAACGAAUCGGCGUCCCUAGAAACCUGAUCGACCUGGUGGCAGACCCUACAGCUGCACCAAUUGUGCCAGUCUUCAAUGCAGCGCUUGAUAUCCUGCGAGCUGCUGGAGCUACCAUCGUCGAAAACACCAACUUUACUGGUUACGAGGCUCUCAACGAGGGCAACUACAGCAACAUUGUCCUUGAGGCCGAUUUCAUCACUGAUUUACCCAAGGAAUAUCUGUCGAAGCUCACGUACAAUCCCAACAACAUAACUUCAGUCGCGGAUUUGGACAACUUCACACACUCAUUCCCUCUUGAGGAUUGGCCUGAAAGAGACACUUUGAUCUGGGAUGGGGCGUUGGAGCUUGGAUACGGCAACACUUCACCGGAAUUCUGGUCGAAUUACACCAUGAACACCUACUUGGCCGGUCCUUUGGGCGUGACUGGAGCUCUGGCGAACUACUCUCUUGAUGCUCUUGUCCUACCCACCGAAUUCUCACCAAACUUUCCCGCCUUGAUCGGUUCACCCGUCGUGACUGUCCCGCUAGGCGCGUACCCUGCAAACACGACAGUGCUGCGGAACGGAUUUGGAAACUUGAACGCUAUCUUCCCCAAUCUACCGUUCGGAAUCAGCUUCAUGGGACCACAUUUCAGUGAAGAGCUGCUGAUUGGCCUGGCGUACGCUUUCGAGCAGAGAACUUUGGUUCGCAACACUAUAACACCAUACCUUGAGGCGACAACCGAAUUGGUUGAUGUGGUCAACAAGAAGCGAAAACUUAGUAAGGCAUAA